CGUUGUUAGAUUCGCCGCCUCCGCGAGGUGGGGAUUCGAAGACUUUCCAUACUGAUACACCGUCUCUCGUCGAAUGAGACGACGACGACGAAGACGAUCAGUCUCAUUUAAAGUUUGUUGUGUCGAACACGUCGCCGUAAGAACGUUACCGAUAGGCAUGUGAUCGUGAACGCGCGCGUAGUUGUUGCCAUGAGCCCCGCAUCCGCAGGCAAUCUAGAAGUGGAACGUUACAUAGGUGCUUGUUUGAUAUCGCAAAACCGAGUCAAAAACAAACCGCCGCCGCCGCAACGACAAGAACAAUAUAAUAAUAAUAAUAAUAAUAAUAAUAGGGAUGUGACGCAGGAUAUUUAUCGAAAACAUCACGUCAAUUAUCGCUUGCAGAGAUGUCAUUCGGUGGAAACUUGGAACGGCGGCGGUAUGCCUUUUAUCACUUUCCCCCAUCAUCAUCAUCAUCAUCAACGAAAGGAAGAUCAGAAUUCGUUGGCUAAAUUGGCGGUGCACACCCAGGGCGCCCCUUUGAUUUUAACGAAAACUUUCCACCACAGAAAAAACAGACUCGACAGAAACAACAAUGGAAAAGUGUACGAAAAUUCGAUAAACAAGAAAAAUGUCAAGUGUCAAAAUAGUGCGGACGCUGCGAGCGUCGCGAGUGACGAAAGUUCCGGUUCGAAUAAUUCGGAAACGUGUUUACCGCGCAUCAUAAAACCGAGGAAGAGACGGAAAAAAGAGAGGAAACCGCCGACGUUAUCUAGACCUUUAAGUCAAGAUUCGUCUUCUACCGAUAGCGCCAGUCCCGACGUGGAAAACAAUCGCAUCGAUUAUUUAUCGUUAAGUCCUUUUAAUUUAUUUAAUUUUAGUCCUUACGGCGCGUUAAUGUUUCCCGAAUCUUCUAAAAUCGUCGAUCGUUUGAACGAUAUCAACGAAACGCCCAAACUCCAUCAUUCCUUCGAAGACAUCGAAGAACCAGACGAAGGAAAAGAUAUUAACGGCAACCAAUCGACCAGUAACUGUCAGUGUAGAUAUUGCGAUCCCAGCGGACAAAUUUGGGACGUCGAUAGGGAAUGUUACUCGCCCUUUUUAACGCCACCUUUGAAAUCCUUCAAGUAUCCCAAUCCGGAAGAGGUUUCCUAUUAUUCUUCGCCGAUAUCUACCGAUUGUUUGGAGCAUACGUUGUCGUCGAUAACGUUGGAAAGUGACGGCGUUAAGAAGAUCCCCGUCACGUCUUCGUCCAGAGACCUUGAAGUUUCCACCGAAAUCGUCACAUCUUUGAACGGUCACAGGGAUUUGGAAAUCAAGUUUUUUUCCACGCCCUGUCAUGUGGAUAACGACGCAAAAAAUGAUAAUGGUACGAAAAAGUGUAAUUUCGAAAAUGAUUUGGGAUUAAAUUUAGAAGAAUGAUUUUAUAAUGAUGUCCAUAAAAAUUUUUUUCGAAUUAUCGUAACCACGUUCAAGUUUAUUUAUCUAUACGAGUGGCGUGCUAAUUGUCAGGGGGUAUACAGAAAAUUAGUUAAAUGCAACGACGGAUAUACAGAUUUGUCGCCUGUAGCCUAUUUCAAUCAUAUAAAUUACGUUUUUCGUCAAUAAAAUAUUGUAAUUUGAUUAUUUUCACGAAUACGACGGUUAUUUCUAACAAAAAAAUUUGAAAUCUUCAAAUUCAGUUUAGGUUAUUGUAUUGUGGACCGUUAACGACCCUUUGGACGCUAAUAUUAUUUUUAUUCAAUUCUAAAAACCCUCGUAGAUACCUCAUUUUAUAAAUUUAAUAAUUUUUUUUUAAAUACUUUUAAAAAUAUGCAUCGAUUCAUUAUAAAUUGGACGGCAUUAUACGCCGUUAUUGAAUAUUGGAUUAUAAAACGCAAAUAGACGAGUAAAACGUAAGGGCGUCUGGUUUAAACAGGAUACCAGACGUGAACUGAUACCUUUUUGUACCCCAUUUGUCUAUUAGAACUUAUCUGACAUCGCCGUUUUAAAGUUUGACAUUUUUAAUGGUAAACGAACUUGUUGUACGAUACAUGCUAUUUGAGCUGUUUCAAGAUACUUGAAAUAUUCAUUUUGGACAAAAAAAAGGAAUUAGAUUGCAAACAUUAUUGUGCGUGUGAUUAAAUUCAUUCAUUCAUUCAUUUCAUUGACUUCAUUGAAAUAAAUCUCACAUAGCCACGCCACUGCUUAUCGCACACCGUCUAACAUGUACAUUUCGAACAAAUUGUAUACAUACGCUUUCCGACAGCUUCGGUUAAUACAAAUGCAUUUACGAUUCGAUGUUUUCAUUAAUAAACAGCGGAGAUGAUGAGUCCACGUGGACUGAAAGUUUGUUAGAUGUUUUAUACGGGGAGUAAACAUUAUUUUUCCUUUCUUAAUUUGGUAUGAGUGACGUGCGUAUUUAUGAAAUAUUGAUUGAUAAGCUGCAAUUGAUAUUGAAAAACUAUAAAAUUUGUAUGUAGUGAAACUAAGAAAAAGUUUUAGUGGUUUCAUUUUUACACAGGGAGAAUAUUUUUCUAGUCUAUCGACAAUUUUUCUUCCAAGAUAUAUUCAUUCAUGCUCAGCCUGUAUUUUCGUCAUCAUCUUCAAGGCGGUUGUGUAUAUGCCUUCUGGAAGUAUUUGGGAAUCAUCCAGAUCUAAAUUUUCGAUUUUCUCUAGUAGUACAGCAACUGGAAGGGUUUUUUUUCCAAAAAACAUUCCCCAAAGUCUUAACUUUCUAUAGUCUUUUCGUCCUCGAUAAAUUCAUCCAUGCUCAGCCUGUAUUUUCGUCAUCAUCUUCAAGGCGGUUGUGUAUAUGCCUUCUGGAAGUAUUUGGGAAUCAUCCAGAUCUAAAUUUUCGACUUCCUCUAGUAGUACAGCAACUGGAAGGGUUUUUUUUCCAAAAAACAUUCCCCAAAGUCUUAACUUUCUAUAGUCUUUUCGUCCUCGAUAAGUUCAUUCGUGCUCAGCCUUUAUUUCCGUUAUCAUCUUCAAGGCGGUUGUGUAUAUGCCUUCUGGAAGUAUUUGGGAAUCAUCCAGAUCUAAAUUUUCGAUUUUCUCUAGUAGUACAGCAACUGGAAGGGUUUUUUUUCCAAAAAACAUUCCCCAAAGUCUUAACUUUCUAUAGUCUUUUCGUCCUCGAUAAGUUCAUUCGUGCUCAGCCUUUAUUUCCGUUAUCAUCUUCAAGGCGGUUGUGUAUAUGCCUUCUGGAAGUAUUUGGGAAUCAUCCAGAUCUAAAUUUUCGAUUUUCUCUAGUAGUACAGCAACUGGAAGGGUUUUUUUUCCAAAAAACAUUCCCCAAAGUCUUAACUUUCUAUAGUCUUUUCGUCCUCGAUAAGUUCAUUCGUGCUCAGCCUUUAUUUCCGUUAUCAUCUUCAAGGCGGUUGUGUAUAUGCCUUCUGGAAGUAUUUGGGAAUCAUCCAGAUCUAAAUUUUCGAUUUUCUCUAGUAGUACAGCAACUGGAAGGGUUUUUUUUCCAAAAAACAUUCCCCAAAGUCUUAACUUUCUAUAGUCUUUUCGUCCUCGAUAAGUUCAUUCGUGCUCAGCCUGUAUUUUCGUCAUCAUCUUCAAGGCGGUUGUGUAUAUGCCUUCUGGAAGUAUUUGGGAAUCAUCCAGAUCUAAAUUUUCGAUUUUCUCUAGUAGUACAGCAACUGGAAGGGGUUUUUUUUCCAAAAAACAUUCCCCAAAGUCUUAACUUUCUAUAGUCUUUUCGUCCUCGAUAAGUUCAUUCGUGCUCAGCCUUUAUUUCCGUUAUCAUCUUCAAGGCGGUUGUGUAUAUGCCUUCUGGAAGUAUUUGGGAAUCAUCCAGAUCUAAAUUUUCGAUUUUCUCUAGUAGUACAGCAACUGGAAGGGUUUUUUUUCCAAAAAACAUUCCCCAAAGUCUUAACUUUCUAUAGUCUUUUCGUCCUCGAUAAGUUCAUUCGUGCUCAGCCUUUAUUUCCGUUAUCAUCUUCAAGGCGGUUGUGUAUAUGCCUUCUGGAAGUAUUUGGGAAUCAUCCAGAUCUAAAUUUUCGAUUUUCUCUAGUAGUACAGCAACUGGAAGGGUUUUUUUUCCAAAAAACAUUCCCCAAAGUCUUAACUUUCUAUAGUCUUUUCGUCCUCGAUAAGUUCAUUCGUGCUCAGCCUUUAUUUCCGUUAUCAUCUUCAAGGCGGUUGUGUAUAUGCCUUCUGGAAGUAUUUGGGAAUCAUCCAGAUCUAAAUUUUCGAUUUUCUCUAGUAGUACAGCAACUGGAAGGGUUUUUUUUCCAAAAAACAUUCCCCAAAGUCUUAACUUUCUAUAGUCUUUUCGUCCUCGAUAAGUUCAUUCGUGCUCAGCCUUUAUUUCCGUUAUCAUCUUCAAGGCGGUUGUGUAUAUGCCUUCUGGAAGUAUUUGGGAAUCAUCCAGAUCUAAAUUUUCGAUUUUCUCUAGUAGUACAGCAACUGGAAGGGUUUUUUUUCCAAAAAACAUUCCCCAAAGUCUUAACUUUCUAUAGUCUUUUCGUCCUCGAUAAAUUCAUCCAUGCUCAGCCUGUAUUUUCGUCAUCAUCUUCAAGGCGGUUGUGUAUAUGCCUUCUGGAAGUAUUUGGGAAUCAUCCAGAUCUAAAUUUUCGAUUUUCUCUAGUAGUACAGCAACUGGAAGGGUUUUUUUUCCAAAAAACAUUCCCCAAAGUCUUAACUUUCUAUAGUCUUUUCGUCCUCGAUAAGUUCAUUCGUGCUCAGCCUUUAUUUCCGUUAUCAUCUUCAAGGCGGUUGUGUAUAUGCCUUCUGGAAGUAUUUGGGAAUCAUCCAGAUCUAAAUUUUCGAUUUUCUCUAGUAGUACAGCAACUGGAAGGGUUUUUUUUCCAAAAAACAUUCCCCAAAGUCUUAACUUUCUAUAGUCUUUUCGUCCUCGAUAAGUUCAUUCGUGCUCAGCCUUUAUUUCCGUUAUCAUCUUCAAGGCGGUUGUGUAUAUGCCUUCUGGAAGUAUUUGGGAAUCAUCCAGAUCUAAAUUUUCGAUUUUCUCUAGUAGUACAGCAACUGGAAGGGUUUUUUUUCCAAAAAACAUUCCCCAAAGUCUUAACUUUCUAUAGUCUUUUCGUCCUCGAUAAAUUCAUCCAUGCUCAGCCUGUAUUUUCGUCAUCAUCUUCAAGGCGGUUGUGUAUAUGCCUUCUGGAAGUAUUUGGGAAUCAUCCAGAUCUAAAUUUUCGAUUUUCUCUAGUAGUACAGCAACUGGAACUGGUUUUUUUCCAAAAAAAAAUUAGUUCGACAGAUGGCCAAGGGUUUGUUAACGACCCAGCAAACAAACACGGUUCAUCAUCCACGUACAUCCUACUUAAAUAAAAUAAAAUGAAGACAUUUAUUCACAAACAAAAAUAUCCCGAUAAUUUUCGAAAAAAUUGAUAACUAUUCAUAAAAACUUGGGUGACAGUGUCUAAAAACUUGGUAAAAUGAUUACUCGCAUCUUAUUUUUGGUAGAUAAUUAAACUUGUGUUACCAUUUAGAGUAAACUCAUCUUGUGAAGGCGUCUCAUGUAAAUAAACUUGAGUUUCACUAUGGUUUUAUUAAAAAAAAAAAAAAAUGGAAAUAAACGACGUUUUUGUACAAUUUCUUUUCUAUUUAUUAUAUAAUUGAAGUCGAUUCAACUUCAACGUAGUCUUUCAAGCUUCUGGACAGAUUUGUCUACAUAACUUGUUCUCAUACUAAUUUUUAUUAACACGUUGACUGCCAACUACGAAAUUUUUUGCAUAAAUCAACCAAAAAAUGAUUUUUUUAAAAAAAAGUCCACGUUCUAUAAAUCUUUAGUGAUACAGUUUUUAAAUCGUGUUAAUUUUAGGUCUUUUCUGGUUUUUUUGUUAAUUUUUUAAAGGCAGAUCAAAAUUUGACGUUUCGAAGUGUUGUUUAAAUUAAUUUUGAAUCAGAAGAGACGUAAAACGUAUCAAAAAGUCUAAGAAACUAGAGGUAUUUCUCUUUCGUAUAGAACUGAACGAAUUCGUAAAUGAAAAGUACAAAAACGUAUUUUUUUUGUGAAAUUUCUCAUUAAAGUCAAAUCUAUUUUAUCUGUGAAUACAGAUCAUAGACAAACGAAUAUUCAAUAGCUUCCAAAUCUGUUUUUUGGCAAAGUAUAAGAAUGAGUUUGAUCGUGAGUUUAUUGACGAACCGCCUCUUCGGGAUGAGUCAUAAUUUUGGUUAAGAUCUUGUGGAGGAAAAAAAAUUUAUGGACAUCACUUUUUUGUGACAUUCAUAGAGCUGCGUAACUAUAAAAGUGAAAGUGUUUAGUUUCUUGUAUCAAGAAUACUCAAAUACUAAACGAAAUUACGAAAAAAAAAAAUAAUAUUUUCAUAGUGCCUAUAAGAUUUUUUUGACAACAAAAGUUAUUAACUAAAAAUGUGUUAACAGAUCGAAAUUUGAUAUACCCGACAUUUUAAUUAUAUUUGAAAGGUAUAAUUUUCAAUAGUUGUAUAACUUUAUUUUCAUUUUUUAAUGUUUUCACUAUCGAGAAUCGAAAUGACAUCUAUUUUGAAACAAUUUGAUUUGACGGGGACACAUUCCUUUGAUCCACUCAAUCAUUCAUCCGUUUUUUACGUGGGUGGUUAACUCGGUCAUCUUAAACCACUCAAAAACACUUGAACGCGACUAAAAUUCAUCGCCAUACACUCGUUUUCAAUAAAUUACAAGUUUCAUGUGAAAUAUCACAACAAUCCGUAAUUUUUACAUCAAAACUAUACGAACGAAGGAAACGGCAAUACUGAUUUGUCUACAGAUACGGUGUUGAAAGUCUUUAAACUUUGACGCGUGCUUACUUUUUUUGCUAAAAAUUUCAACAGUACGUUUUGUAACCAGUAUAUAUACGGUUUAUCUCAAUUUCUGGUAAAACUACAAGUCCUAUGGAAAAAAGUCAAAUGACAAAGUUGUGGGUGUUGUGGAGAUCUACAACUUUUGUAUUUUCACUUUUUUUAUAUAACCUCAAAAUUUAUGUGGAAAAUUCAAAAAAUCGAGUUUUUUGUGUUUUAUUUUUGUUUAUUACGGCUUAAACGGCUAUACUGAUUUGUCUACAGAUACGGUGUUGAAAGUCUUUAAACUUUGACGCGUGCUUACUUUUUUUGCUAAAAAUUUCAACAGUACGUUUUGUAACCAGUAUAUAUACGGUUUAUCUCAAUUUCUGGUAAAACUACAAGUCCUAUGGAAAAAAGUCAAAUGACAAAGUUGUGGGUGUUGUGGAGAUCUACAACUUUUGUAUUUUCACUUUUUUUAUAUAACCUCAAAAUUUAUGUGGAAAAUUCAAAAAAUCGAGUUUUUUGUGUUUUAUUUUUGUUUAUUACGGCUUAAACGGCUAUACUGAUUUGUCUACAGAUACGGUGUUGAAAGUCUUUAAACUUUGACGCGUGCUUACUUUUUUUGCUAAAAAUUUCAACAGUACGUUUUGUAACCAGUAUAUAUACGGUUUAUCUCAAUUUCUGGUAAAACUACAAGUCCUAUGGAAAAAAGUCAAAUGACAAAGUUGUGGGUGUUGUGGAGAUCUACAACUUUUGUAUUUUCACUUUUUUUAUAUAACCUCAAAAUUUAUGUGGAAAAUUCAAAAAAUCGAGUUUUUUGUGUUUUAUUUUUGUUUAUUACGGCUUAAACGGCUAUACUGAUUUGUCUACAGAUACGGUGUUGAAAGUCUUUAAACUUUGACGCGUGCUUACUUUUUUUGCUAAAAAUUUCAACAGUACGUUUUGUAACCAGUAUAUAUACGGUUUAUCUCAAUUUCUGGUAAAACUACAAGUCCUAUGGAAAAAAGUCAAAUGACAAAGUUGUGGGUGUUGUGGAGAUCUACAACUUUUGUAUUUUCACUUUUUUUAUAUAACCUCAAAAUUUAUGUGGAAAAUUCAAAAAAUCGAGUUUUUUGUGUUUUAUUUUUGUUUAUUACGGCUUAAACGGCUAUACUGAUUUGUCUACAGAUACGGUGUUGAAAGUCUUUAAACUUUGACGCGUGCUUACUUUUUUUGCUAAAAAUUUCAACAGUACGUUUUGUAACCAGUAUAUAUACGGUUUAUCUCAAUUUCUGGUAAAACUACAAGUCCUAUGGAAAAAAGUCAAAUGACAAAGUUGUGGGUGUUGUGGAGAUCUACAACUUUUGUAUUUUCACUUUUUUUAUAUAACCUCAAAAUUUAUGUGGAAAAUUCAAAAAAUCGAGUUUUUUGUGUUUUAUUUUUGUUUAUUACGGCUUAAACGGCUAUACUGAUUUGUCUACAGAUACGGUGUUGAAAGUCUUUAAACUUUGACGCGUGCUUACUUUUUUUGCUAAAAAUUUCAACAGUACGUUUUGUAACCAGUAUAUAUACGGUUUAUCUCAAUUUCUGGUAAAACUACAAGUCCUAUGGAAAAAAGUCAAAUGACAAAGUUGUGGGUGUUGUGGAGAUCUACAACUUUUGUAUUUUCACUUUUUUUAUAUAACCUCAAAAUUUAUGUGGAAAAUUCAAAAAAUCGAGUUUUUUGUGUUUUAUUUUUGUUUAUUACGGCUUAAACGGCUAUACUGAUUUGUCUACAGAUACGGUGUUGAAAGUCUUUAAACUUUGACGCGUGCUUACUUUUUUUGCUAAAAAUUUCAACAGUGCGUUUUGUAACCAGUAUAUAUACGGUUUAUCUCGAUUUCUGGUAAAACUACGAGCCCUAUGGAAAAAAGUGAAAUAGAAAAGUUGUGGGUAAUACGGAGAUCUACAACUUUUAUAUUUUCACUUUUUUUACAUAACCUCAAAAUUUAUGUGGAAAAUUCAAAAAAUCGAGUUUUUUUUGUGUUUUAUUUUUGUUUAAUACGGCUUAAACGGCUAUACUGAUUUGUCUACAGAUACGGUGUUGAAAGUCUUUAAACUUUGACGCGUGCUUACUUUUUUUGCUAAAAAUUUCAACAGUACGUUUUGUAACCAGUAUAUAUACGGUUUAUCUCAAUUUCUGGUAAAACUACAAGUCCUAUGGAAAAAAGUCAAAUGACAAAGUUGUGGGUGUUGUGGAGAUCUACAACUUUUGUAUUUUCACUUUUUUUAUAUAACCUCAAAAUUUAUGUGGAAAAUUCAAAAAAUCGAGUUUUUUGUGUUUUAUUUUUGUUUAUUACGGCUUAAACGGCUAUACUGAUUUGUCUACAGAUACGGUGUUGAAAGUCUUUAAACUUUGACGCGUGCUUACUUUUUUUGCUAAAAAUUUCAACAGUGCGUUUUGUAACCAGUAUAUAUACGGUUUAUCUCGAUUUCUGGUAAAACUACGAGCCCUAUGGAAAAAAGUGAAAUAGAAAAGUUGUGGGUAAUACGGAGAUCUACAACUUUUAUAUUUUCACUUUUUUUACAUAACCUCAAAAUUUAUGUGGAAAAUUCAAAAAAUCGAGUUUUUUUUGUGUUUUAUUUUUGUUUAAUACGGCUUAAACGGCUAUACUGAUUUGUCUACAGAUACGGUGUUGAAAGUCUUUAAACUUUGACGCGUGCUUACUUUUUUUGCUAAAAAUUUCAACAGUACGUUUUAUAACCAGUAUAUAUACGGUUUAUCUCGAUUUCUGGUAAAACUACGAGCCCUAUGGAAAAAAGUGAAAUAGAAAAGUUGUGGGUAAUACGGAGAUCUACAACUUUUGUAUUUUCACUUUUUUUACAUAACCUCAAAAUUUAUGUGGAAAAUUCAAAAAAUCGAGUUUUUUGUGUUUUAUUUUUGUUUAUUACGGCUUAAACGGCUAUACUGAUUUGUCUACAGAUACGGUGUUGAAAGUCUUUAAACUUUGACGCGUGCUUACUUUUUUUGCUAAAAAUUUCAACAGUGCGUUUUGUAACCAGUAUAUAUACGGUUUAUCUCGAUUUCUGGUAAAACUACGAGCCCUAUGGAAAAAAGUGAAAUAGAAAAGUUGUGGGUAAUACGGAGAUCUACAACUUUUAUAUUUUCACUUUUUUUACAUAACCUCAAAAUUUAUGUGGAAAAUUCAAAAAAUCGAGUUUUUUUUGUGUUUUAUUUUUGUUUAAUACGGCUUAAACGGCUAUACUGAUUUGUCUACAGAUACGGUGUUGAAAGUCUUUAAACUUUGACGCGUGCUUACUUUUUUUGCUAAAAAUUUCAACAGUACGUUUUGUAACCAGUAUAUAUACGGUUUAUCUCAAUUUCUGGUAAAACUACAAGUCCUAUGGAAAAAAGUCAAAUGACAAAGUUGUGGGUAAUACGGAGAUCUACAACUUUUGUAUUUUCACUUUUUUUACAUAACCUCAAAAUUUAUGUGGAAAAUUCAAAAAAUCGAGUUUUUUGUGUUUUAUUUUUGUUUAUUACGGCUUAAACGGCUAUACUGAUUUGUCUACAGAUACGGUGUUGAAAGUCUUUAAACUUUGAGGCGUGCUUACUUUUUUUGCUAAAAAUUUCAACAGUACGUUUUGUAACCAGUAUAUAUACGGUUUAUCUCAAUUUCUGGUAAAACUACAAGUCCUAUGGAAAAAAGUCAAAUGACAAAGUUGUGGGUAAUACGGAGAUCUACAACUUUUAUAUUUUCACUUUUUUUACAUAACCUCAAAAUUUAUGUGGAAAAUUCAAAAAAUCGAGUUUUUUGUGUUUUAUUUUUUAUUUAUUACAAACAACAUUUUUUUUUCACGAAAUUUUGUGAAAAGUUGACUUUUUAUGUCCAAUAUAUACUGUAAUUUAUUUGAUUCGAAAUAUUUAUUUUUUCACGUAAUUUUGACAUAAUAUCGAAAAA